AUUGGUAGACCUGUGGUAUUCUCAUUGGCUGCAGAUGGUGAGGCUGGUGUAAGAAAAGUACUUCAAAUGCUUCAUGAUGAGUUUGAAUUAACUAUGGCACUAAGUGGUUGCCGUUCACUCAAGGAGAUAACUAGUGACCAUGUUGUCACAGAAUGGGAUCGCCCAAGAAUUGCCAAGUUAUGAGAUUGCAGGACUCCAGCUCGUUCACUUAUAUGGUUGGAAACUGAGAGGUUUCACAUCAAGAACUUGAUAUUAGUAGGCAUUUUAAAAUAAACUUUGUUCUUGUUUCAUGCUUCAAUAGAAAAUUUUGUUGCUUAAAUGAGCUAUGUGUGAGUUAUCCGUUAGUAUUGCUACUUUGUUCACUGUAAGGAAAAAAGUUUCUACUUUCUACCUGGACUCAUUUCAUUGCACUUGGUGCUGGGAUUUGGUAAACCAUUGAAACAUGAUUGCCAAUAAAAUAUAUUUUCUUCAAAGCAUAAGCAGAAGUUUUAUGAUCA